AUGCCGAAAUCGGAGAGCAAGAAAAAAGAAAUCAUAAGAUGGAUGAUUAAUUGUGAUAAUCCUACACCCCUUGCGUUCUAUCGAUUCGUAAAACCAAAUCAUCAUAACCGUGCGGACGAGAAGUAUCGUAAUGCUCUUAAUUCAGCAAAGGAAUGCAAUCCUAAAAAUAGAGAGAUACAGAAGAAGCUUACAGAAAUGCGAAAGAAGUUUGAUGAAGGAGAAUUUAGACAAGACUGGGAAAUUUGGAUACAAGAGAAGAGAGCGACUCAAGUUCACCGUUCGAUUCAAGAGACCAAUGAGAAUGUCCACAAAAAAUUCAAUUCGUUAGUUGAAAGUCAGAGUGUUAUUGUCAAACAAGUGGAAGAGAAAGAUAAAGAGCGCAACGAGAAACGAUCACAAAUAGACAAUGGAUCUGAUGAUGUUGCUGUUGCAGUUGAAUUAGCAAAGAAAAAGAGUAAAACUGAUGAACUUUUCGAAGAUAUGAGAAAACGCAAUAUAUAUAUGCUAUGUGACCCAUUUAGAAAAUUAUCGCAAAUAGAUGCGGAGGACCGGUUCGAGAGUAUUGUUCGCGGCACUUUUGUUGAUAUUGAACUCCCCAUAGAUAUCAAGGAAUACCUUCGUUGUUUGCUCAGUGGAGAUAUUGAAAGUGCAUUGUCGGAAGUGGAAAAACCGCUUAAAAAGGGUGUACAGCCAUUGAUGUUAUGGACAAGAGAAGUCUGUCGACACUUUCUAUUUUACUUCUACUAUGAUGGUUUGCAAAUAGACAGCGACGAAAAAACUUGGUCCAACCAAACCGUCUAUCGCAUUCUUGAUUUAUUUUCGAUGUUUUUUAGAAAUUUGACAUCUGGAAUAGCUUUUGGAGAAAUCGUAAAUGAUGCACACAAAGAUAGAGUUUAUAACAUAAACGCUAAUCAAAAACCAUCAAAUUCAAGGAGAGGCGACAAGAAUGAUGCUGUCUUAUAUCAGGAUGGUAACGCUACAAUUAUAUAUGAGCAGUCCUUCGGACCCACAGAAUUCGACUCAACACAUUAUAUGGGAGAUAUAACGAAAUUAGCACGUAACGGAGUGGAUGAUUUAAAUUAUCACUUCUUACAAUAUUCCAAAUCCACUGUAACAACGGCAAAAAAACUCAAAUCUAUCGGCAUUCACGGAUAUAAAUACUUUAUAUCAAUAUACCUCACGGAUCUUAUUCGUAUGAAAACUUAUAGAAUAUAUGAAAUAUUUAAGUGUAAAAUUCCAACGAGUUAUACAGACCGAUGGCUCCUAGCUAAUAUCGUAAUGAUAGGGGUUUAUUUGGAGUUACUGCUUACGACACGUCGGUCUGUGAAAGAAGACAUGGGCAUGGAAGACACAAUCAUCGAUCAUGGUUUUUAUCAUGUGCGUGAUUGGAUGGUAAUUCCAGAUAACACUCCAGAAAACAAAAGAACAAAAUGA